AUGAGAGACCCAACGACCAGCACCGUGCUUUACAAGAUCCUCACUCCGCAGGAGAAGCAGCAACUGCCGAGCACCAACUGGGCUGGCACUGCUCUGGAUACAAAGGACGGAUUUAUCCACCUCUCUUCGGCCGACCAGCUGCCCGGCACACUCGAGCGCUUCUUCAGCUCCCAAAGCGGCUGCGGCGAUGUUCUCUACAUCUACACGUUCAAGCGGUCCAGCGUCGAGAGGGAGCGAAGCACGCCGAUCAAGCUGCAAUUCGAUCCCGCAAUUGGCACGCUGUUUGGUCAUAUCUACGGGAACAUCGACCCAGAGGUAGACUUCUCGGGCCCUAUCGAGGUCAAGCGUUCCAGCUCCGGCACGUUUGAGCUUCCACCCCUUGAGUACUGA